UACUUUGUGGAUAUUUUAUUCAUAUUUGUAAGGGUUUGCUAAAUUAACAGGUUUUUAAUUUCAUGUUUAUGAAAUGAAUCUUUUUUAAUGUAUUUAUCUAACCAAAACUGUUAAAAUGGAACUCAUUUACUCAAUGCGGCGCAAGCCCCUAAAAUGCGAACCUCCUCAUUUCGACAGCACACAAGAUCCUGAGAUAAUCAGACCGCUGUGCACAAUAUCAAGCUGCAAUAUCAUAGCAUUCACAUCAGUCACAGAGCUAUCUGACUGUGAUGGGGAGACUUGGGGUGGAUAUGUGUAUGUCUGCGAUCUGGACACCCCGUGGGACAGCCACAAGGUCACCAGCACCGUGCAUCCUGUGUCAGCUCUGGAGUGGGACGGUGAGGGCAAGCAGCUGCUGGUGGGCACGACUGUGGGGGAGGUAUCGGUGUACGGACAGAAAGAUUAUUUGCUUAAUGAGUGGACUUGUCUAUACAGUGCAAAUUUUGCAGGGGAGCGCAUUAUUAAGGCAUCCUUCUUCCACAACGGACGUCGUUUUGUGACUCUCGAAAAGAAGCCCGAUGCCCCCAUACCGGAGAGGAUUCAGAUGCUCCGCUCCGCGCCUACACUAAAAGGUUUCGGCGGGGUGGCGUGCGCGGGCGCGGUGGUCGUGACGGCGACCGGGCUGGUCGGCGCGCUAACGCCGGGCGAGGGCGGCGCGGCGCUCACCGCCACCGACUGCCUGCGGGGCGCGCGCGACCACGUCGUGUGCGCCUCCAUCGCGCACAAGGGCAGCACCGUGCUGGUGGCGGCGGCGUGGCGGCGCGGGCGGCGGCGCGGCGUGCGCUGCGCGGCGGGGGCGCUGGCGCGGCCGCUGGCGCUGCGCCUGUCGCCGCUGCCGGCGCUGCAGCUGGCGGACGACGCGGCCGGCGUGCCGGUGUCGGUGGCGUGGUGGCUGCGCGACGACGGCGAGGCGCUGCUGGUGGCGGGCACGCAGCUGGCGCUGUGGAAGCUCGCCGAGCGCGCCUACCCCGUGCACAAGCUGCUCGCCAAGGGCCAGGGCGGCACCGCGCCCGUCGGCCCCCCUAAGACCGCCGACUGUUUCAACACUGUCAGCUGGCAGCAGACGUGCUCGUGGGCGUUGGAGGCGGAAGGCGGGUCGGGAUGCGCGGGCGUGACGUGCGUGAGCGCCGCGCGCACGCCGCUGGGCGCUGCGCACGCCGUGCUCGCCACGCCGCACCACCUGCACCUGUUGGCGCGCGACACGCAUCACUACCUGCUGUCGCGGCCGGUGGGGACGGGCGGCGGGGCGGGUGCGGCGCCCGAGGCGUCGGCGGGGGCCGGGACGCCGCCCAAGAAGACCAAGUACGGUGACGCGGUGUGUGCACAGGGCGGCGGCGCGGGCAGCGGGGGCGGGGCGACGGUGCGGGCGGCGGACAUGUCGGCGCUGGGCGGCGUGGUGGUGUGCGUGGACUCGCGGUCGCAGCUGCACGCGUGGCGGGUGGCGGCGCCGGCGGCGGACAUCCCCACGCCGCUGUCGGUGACGGCAACGGCGGGCGCGCUGGAGUACGCGCUCGUCGCCGGUCUCGACGCGCUCGACCUGCUCGUCACGCUCAAGCCCAACGUCGUCGACGCCGUCUGCGAGAGGCUGACGGAGAACUUCCAGCGACAGCCGGCGGCGUUCCAGCAGUACUACUACCACGGCUGGCUCAAGCUGCGCAUAGCGCUCUACAGCUUGAGCGCGGGCGGGUCGGGGAGCGCGGCGGCGUUGACGGCGCUGCAGAUGUGCCACGCGGCGUGGGCGGCGGGCGCGGCGGCCGCCAGACCCGACCCCGACGCGCCCGCGCCGCUCGCCGCGCUGCUCGACGACGCGCCCGACGACAAGAGCCUGUUGGCGCUGGAGGCCAAGCUGGACACGUCGAGCGACCCCGCGCUGCCGGCGGCGCUGCAGCCGCUGCAGGGGCUGCGGCGGCCGCUGCAGCGCGCGGUGCACACGGUGCUAACGGCGCUGGCGGCGCUGCACGCGGCGGGUGGGGCGGCGGCGCCGGGCGGGUACGAGCUGUGGGCGGACGCGGCGGCGGUGUCGCUGCUGCGGCGGCUGGUGCUGGCGGCGCGCGCGUGUGGCUGCGGCGGCGACGCACUGUCCCGCCCACUCGCCCGCCUCGCCGCCGCCCUCACCGCCGCCCCGCCCGCCGCCGCCACCGCCAAGCCCGAUCUCCUCGAGGAGUGCGCGAGCGUGAGCGCGGGCGGCGCGCGGGUGUGGGACGGGCUGCCGCGCACCGCCGUCGCCGCGCCGCACGCCAGACCGCACCCGCUAUACCUGGAGUAUGGGGUGGAGCCGGAGUCGCUGCGCGUGGGGGCGGAGCCGCCGCCGCACGCCGCCAGCGACCACACGCCUACACAACAGAUGGACGCCAUUCGGUACAUGUACCUGGGCGGCGGGCGGUGCGCGGCGCGGUGGCGGCGGUGCGGGCGGUGCGGCGCGCGCGCCCUCCCUGCGCCUCGCCCCGCCAGACACCCCCUGCAGCGCGCCCACGACGCCCGCUUCCUGCCCGCCUGCAGAUGCGGUGGAAAAUGGACUCUAUUCUCUAACGUGUAAAUUAUUGACUGCCGAUGCAGGUACUCACUCGGUGCGGUGGUCGGUCUGCCCCGGCUCAGCGCUAUCGCACAGUAUAGCAAUAUAAGUCCCUACAGUAACGAAAUGCCUUUG